AUGUUGCAGCCACGAGAGGCCUUGGGACUUUAUGAUCCCGCACAAGAGCGCGAUGCCUGCGGCGUCGGCCUGAUUGCCCAGCUGCACGGGAACCCCGACCGAAGUAUUGUUAUCGAUGCGCUGAGCAUGCUCAGCCGCAUGUUUCAUCGCGGUGCCACUGGUGUUGAUGAGGCCAGUGGCGAUGGCGCCGGCAUGCUUGCCCGCCUGCCCCGCCGCUUCCUGACCAAAGUGGCACUUGAAUUGAAUAUCGAGUUGCCCGAGCUUUAUGGCGUGGGUAUGCUGUUCUUGGCGCAGAGCCAGGACACUCAAGCCGAAUUGCAGUCCAUCGUCGAAGCGACGCUUAUCGCCAACGGAAUGACUCUGCUGGGUUGGCGUCGAGUCCCAACCAACGGCGACAUCCUCGGCAAGGCCAGCAAGGCCGACGAACCGGCCAUCUUCCAGCUCUUUCUUGCCCCCACUGAUGCGAGCAUCGAUCCAGUUCAUCUCGAGCGCCAGCUUUACAUAGUUCGCCAACAGAGCUGGAAUGCAGCUCAAGCCGUCCUCUACCGCGAUGGCCGUGCGGGUCGCCCCUCUGAAUUUCACUUUGCCUCCCUUUCGUGCAAGACCAUCGUCUACAAGGGGCAACUCACCGCACGACAAGUCUUGCCCUACUUUACCGAUCUCAACGACGACGACUUUGAGACUGAUUUGGCCUUGGUCCACUCUCGCUUCUCAACCAACACCUUCCCCAGUUGGGAUCGAGCCCAACCAAACCGGUGCAUGAGCCACAACGGCGAGAUCAACACGGUGCGGGGCAACAUCAACUCGAUGGGUGCCCGCCAGGGCCUCAUGAAAGCCAAGACGUUGGGCCUCACUCCGGAGCAGCUCAAAUCAAUCAUGCCCAUCAUUCCACCGGGUCUCAGCGACUCUGGCGACUUUAAUGCGGUUCUUGAGUUUCUCAUGGCUAGCGGUCGAUCCGCUCCCGAAUGCAUGAUGAUGAUGAUUCCCGAAGCCUGGCAAAACGCUCCAAACAUGGACCCAGAGCGCCGUGCCUUUUACGAGUACAUGUCCUGUUUGAUGGAGCCCUGGGAUGGCCCUGCGCUUGUGGCAUUUACCGAUGGCCGCUACGUUGGCGCCACCCUGGAUCGUAAUGGCCUCCGCCCGGGUCGGUACUAUGAAAUGACCGACGGGCGCGUCAUCAUGGCCUCAGAGUUUGGCGUCGUCACCGUCAAUGAUGCAGAUGUUAAGCACAAGGGGCGCCUCAGUCCUGGACGCAUGCUCAUGAUUGACUUUGACGAGCACCGCAUCGUACUUGAUGAAGAACUCAAGGCUCGCUUUACAUCACGCUUUCCGUUUGCCGAGUGGCUGCGAGAGCAUAAGCGCACCCUACAGCACUUUGUAUCUCCUGAGGAAGUGGCCGCUGCCGAGACAGCUGUGGGCGCCGGCCCUGUGGCGGACAUUGUCAAGGAAAUGGCAGCCUUUGGCUGGACGCGUGAAUCCAUGAACUUGAUCCUGCAGCCCAUGCUCAAGGAUGGGAUGGAGGCGCUCGGCUCCAUGGGCAAUGACGCUCCCUUGGCUUGCCUCUCCCAGCGUUCUCGCCUCCUGUUCGACUUUUUCAAGCAACUCUUUGCGCAAGUGUCCAACCCGCCCCUCGACUCGACCCGUGAAUACAUUGUCAUGUCUCUUGUAUGCAUGGUGGGGCCUGAAGGCGACUUGGCCGAUACCACCCCGGAACAAGCUGGUCGGCUCAGCCUUGAGCAUCCCUUCCUUCUUGAUCACGAGCUACAAGGACUGCAGCGUGGCAUUGCUGGCUGGCCUACAAUCACCUUGGACUUUACCUUUCCCGUCGAGGAGGGCCCAAAGGGCUUGCAAGCUGCCAUUGCUCGCCUGCAAGAAGCUGCCGUCUCGGCCGUCCGUGACAAGGGUUCCACUUUGAUCAUUCUCUCCGACCGCACAGCCGAUGCCACGCGCGUGGCCAUGCCCAGUCUCAUGGCCGUGGGCUGCGUGCAUCAUAUCCUAGUGGCCCAAGAGCUUCGCAUGCGCACCGCUCUUGUGGUUGAUACGGCCGAGGCGCGUGAGGUGCACCACAUGUGCGCUUUGGUUGGGUAUGGCGUCGACGCAAUUUGCCCGCGGUUGGCUCUCGAUGUCAUCAGCCGCUGGCAAUUUGACCAGGCUGCCAUGGCCCGAGACACAGUGCGCAUGGAAGCACCCGCCAGCGUCGCAGAGCUGUACCGGCGCUACUUUUAUGCCCUUGGCAAGGGUAUGCUCAAGGUUAUGGCCAAGAUGGGUAUCUCAACCCUCCAAAGCUACAAGGGUGCACAAAUUUUCGAGGCUGUGGGGUUGUCCUCAGACAUCAUCGACGUGUGUUUCUGCGGAACAGCCUCGCGUAUUGGCGGUCUGACCUUUAACGACGUGGCUGACAACAUCCUGGCUCAGCACGCGGUUUCAUAUCCGACUGCACACGCGCCUGAGCUCGGCCGCCUCUUGCCCGAGGCUGGCGAGUAUCAUUACCGCUCGCUUCAAAAUGCCGAGCGCCAUCUGAAUGACCCCAUCGCCAUGUCCAAGAUGCAACACGCUGUCCGCACCAACAACAAAGAAGUUUACAGCGAGUACACGCGCAUCAUCAACGAGAUCAAUCGGCACACGACCAUUCGCGGCUUGCUCAAGUUUGACACGUCUAAGAGCCAGCCAAUUCCCCUGGAUCAAGUUGAGUCGGCCGCUGACAUUGUCAAGCGCUUUGCCACCGGAGCUAUGAGCUAUGGUAGCAUUUCACUCGAGGCUCACUCCACCCUAGCUGUGGCCAUGAACCGCAUCGGGGCCAAGAGUAACACGGGCGAAGGCGGUGAAGCGCCAGCCCGCUUGCGACCGGGUGCCGAUGGCAAAGAUCAUCCUGCACGCUCCGCCAUUAAGCAAAUCGCCUCGGGCCGCUUUGGUGUGACGAGUGAAUAUCUCACCCACGCCGACGAGCUGCAGAUCAAGAUGGCCCAGGGUGCCAAGCCCGGUGAGGGCGGUGAGCUGCCCGGACGCAAGGUCAACGCCAAGAUUGCUGCUGUGCGCCACUCCACGCCCGGCGUUGGCCUCAUUUCGCCGCCGCCACAUCAUGACAUCUACUCGAUCGAAGACUUGAAGCAGCUCAUUUUCGAUUUGAAAAACGCCAACCCUCGUGCUCGAAUCUCAGUCAAGCUUGUGGCCGAGGUUGGCGUGGGUGUCGUGGCCAGCGGUGUGUGCAAGGCUGGUGCAGACCACGUGCUCGUCAGCGGUCACGAUGGCGGAACCGGUGCAUCACGCUGGACAGGUAUCAAGCACGCGGGGCUUCCUUGGGAACUGGGCCUUGCCGAGACGCAUCAGACGCUGGUGCUCAAUGACCUGCGUCGCCGCAUCGUCAUCCAGACAGACGGUCAGCUCAAGACGGGACGGGACGUCGUCAUUGCCGCCCUACUGGGCGCUGAAGAAUUUUGCUUCGCCACGGCGCCGCUCAUUGCCUUGGGCUGCAUCAUGAUGCGCAAGUGCCACCUCAACACCUGCCCUGUUGGGAUCGCGACCCAGGACCCCGUGCUGCGCAAAAAGUUUCAAGGGCAGCCGGAACACGUGAUUAACUUCUUCUUCAUGUUGGCAGAGGAGGUUCGGGCCCUGAUGGCUCAGCUCGGCGUGGCCAGCUUCAAGGACUUGGUGGGCCGCAGCGAGUACCUGGCGGUCGACGAUGAGCUCUUGAGUAGCACUCGUCACUACGGCAACUUUCGGCUCGAGGAGACUUUGCUCCGUCCUGCCCAUGAAAUGCGUCCCAACGUGGCUACGUGCUGCAUUGAGGCUCAGCCCGACACCCUCGCCAACCAAUUGGACCACAGCAUCAUUGCAGCCGUGCAGGAAACACUCGACAAUGUCAGUGAACCGGUGCGCUGCGAAGUGGAGUUUCCCAUUGCCAACACGAAUCGCGCCGUCGGCACGAUGCUUUCACACGAAGUGACGCGACGCUGCACUGGCAACCCGCUUCCGGACGACACUUUGCAUCUCAAGUUCAAGGGAUCAGCUGGCCAGUCGUUCGGGGCUUGGGUAUGCCAGGGCAUCACUCUUGAGCUCGAGGGCGAUGCCAAUGACUACGUGGGCAAGGGGCUCUGUGGCGGUCGCAUCAUUGUGUAUCCACCGCGCACUUCGCGCUUUGCCGCAGAGGAGAACAUUCUUGCCGGUAACGUAGUAGCAUAUGGCGCCACCAGCGGUGAGAUCUUCUUGAACGGCCGAGCGGCCGAGCGGUUCUGCGUUCGCAACUCGGGCAUUACGGCUGUUGUCGAGGGUGUUGGAGAUCAUGGGUGCGAAUACAUGACUGGUGGUACAGUGGUGGUGCUUGGCGCCACCGGUCGCAACUUUGCGGCUGGCAUGUCGGGCGGUACGGCCUACGUGUUGGAUCCGGCUCGGCAGUUUGCGCCUCGUUGCAACACGGAGCUGGUCGAUCUGGAGGCCCCCUCAGAAGCCGAUGGCAUUGCAUUGCGCACCCUGGUGCGACAGCACCACGAGUAUACCAAUUCAGCCUUGGCGGCACGCUUACUAGCAGACUGGGACAACACGCUAAGCCACUUCAUCAAGGUGAUGCCUCGAGAAUAUCGCGAGGCCCUCAAAAAGGCGGAGGACCGUCGCGAGCAAAGCAAAGCACGCAAGGCACAGGCUAGUGCCGGGGUCAACAGCUUGGAAAAGUGGGCCGCCCAGAUGAAGGCACAACAGGAACAGGGACAAGAAGAGCUCUCCGACGGAGGUAGCACGGACUCGGAGGACUCGGGUAUUGACACGCAUCGCCCUCAUGCCGUGGCAGAGGCGGACAAGCGUCGCGGGUUUAUUGCGUAUGAUCGCGCCGUGGCUGGCUAUCGCGACGUUAAGGAACGCACGGGCGAUUGGCAAGAGCUGGCCAAGCCGCUGGCACCGGAUGCGGCCGAGCAGCUCUUGCAUACCCAAACAGCCCGUUGCAUGGAUUGCGGUGUGCCCUUUUGCAAUCAAAAGACGACGGGGUGCCCGCUGGGCAAUCUGAUUCCUGAUUUCAACGACCUGGUCCACCGGGGUGAAUGGCACGAGGCGUACUUGAAACUGUCAGAGACAAACAACUUUCCCGAGUUUACGGGUCGAGUGUGCCCGGCGCCGUGUGAGGGCUCCUGUGUUCUAGGCAUCAUUGAUAGCCCAGUGGCCAUUAAGAGUGUGGAAUGCUCCAUCAUCGACCGCGCUUUUGCUGAGGGCUGGGUCAAGCCGCAGCCACCAGCACAGCGAACGGGCCGCUCGGUGGCCAUUGUGGGCUCAGGGCCAUCGGGCCUGGCGGCAGCCGACCAAUUAAACAAGGCAGGUCAUCAGGUGGUCGUGUACGAGCGGGCCGAUCGUAUCGGAGGUCUGAUGAUGUAUGGCGUACCAAACAUGAAGGCGGACAAGCUCAAUGUGGUGCAGCGCCGCGUGGACUUGAUGGCCCAAGAAGGAGUGGAUUUCCGAACCAACGUCAACGUGGGUGCAGAUGUGACGGUUGCCAGCCUGCGAGAGGCUCACGACGCUCUCGUAUUUGCGGUGGGCUCCACGGUGCCACGUGACUUGCCCAUCCCGGGCCGCGAGCUGACCGGCGUGCACUUUGCGAUGGAUUUCUUGACGGAGAACACCAAACACGUCUUGGCAAGCGAGGGUUCUACCGUGGAACCACGCCGCAUUGACGUGCGGGGCAAGCGCGUGGUUGUCAUUGGCGGCGGCGACACGGGCAACGACUGCAUUGGCACGGCCGUGCGCCUCGGCGCUGCCUCAGUCGUCAACUUUGAGCUUCUGCCACAGCCGGCAGAAAAGCGGGGGGCAGACAACCCCUGGCCAGAAUGGCCACGUAUCUUCCGGGUGGACUAUGGACACCAGGAGGCGGCCCUCGCCACGGGUAGUGACAUACGCGAGUACUGUGUGCUUAGCACUCGCUUCUUGGGUACGGACGCAGGCGCUUUGCGCGGCAUUGAAACCGUGCGGGUAGCCUGGAAUCGCGAUGAUUCGGGACGAUGGAACAUGGAAAAGCAGCCUGAUACCACGCAUAUCUUUGAAGCGGAUGUGGUGUUGCUGGCCAUGGGCUUUUUGCACCCUGAGCCUGGACCAGCCGAGGCAGCCAAUGUGGCACGAGACACGCGCGGAAACUACCAGGCCGAUUUUGGCUCGUUUGCUACUAGUGAAAAGGGCGUCUUCGCAGCUGGUGACUGCCGGCGCGGCCAAAGCUUGGUGGUUUGGGCGAUAUCCGAGGGUCGAGGCGUUGCUGCUGCCGUCGAUGCCUACCUAGCAAACUGUGAACGUACCGCCGCAUCAUAA